UCAGAAUUAGGUCAAAACUUCCGGGGUAGAAACACACAGGUCACAAUGGUGCUCAUAGACGAGGUACCAGAUUUUGUCACAUUAAAAGAAGAAGGCAACAAAUAUUUCACGUCAGGACAAUAUGAUGCAGCUAUCUCUACCUACACAAAGGCAUUAGAGGAAUCGGACGCUAAGCCCCAGGACAAAGGCGUGUUGUACAAGAACAGAGCUGCAUGCUAUCUCAAACUGGAGAAGUAUGAAGAGGCAUGUGCAGAUGCUACCCAAGCCUUGGAGAUCAUCCCUAAUGACCCCAAAGCUCUGUUCAGACGGUGUCAGUGCUAUGAAAACCUGGGCAAGAUUGAGGAUGCUUAUAAGGACGCCAAACAGCUGCUGUAUGUGGAACCCAAGAACAAAGCCAUCCAGCCUGUCUUGAGGAAACUGAAUGCUCUUCUGCAAGAUAAGCUCAAGGAACAGAACAGCACUGACAACAAGGUGACGCAGAUGUUCAAGCUGGCAUUUGGGGAGGGUGAUGACAAGGAGAAGAGAGAACAGGCCAUCAAUAACCUUAUUGUCCUGGCGCGGGAGGAGGCAGGCGCGGGGAGGAUCAUGCAGUCAGGCGCUGUGACCAACCUGAACAAACUCCUGGACAGCUCCAACCCUGUCAUUGUGGUGGGAUCACUCAGACUUCUGGCUUGUCUGGCUAAGGAGAACAGAAAGAGGGCAUGUGCAAUACAGGAUGAAAUCAGCACCAAUCGACUGUUUUCUCUCAUGGGCAUUGAUGACUCGGACAUUUCAUCUGCCGUUGGACACCUCGUUUCCACACUCAUAACCGCCAUUACUGAACUGGAGAAAUUCAAGGCUUCCAGACAAAAACAUGAAGAUUUGGUGAAGAAGGAGGGUCCACAGGGCAAAGGGAGACAUCCUCCUUUGACACUAGAGGAGGAGUAUGCCAACCGUUCCGAUGCUCUUAUGCACUGUGCCAUCAAAAAUAUUAACAAUGGGAAAUUUUCUGCCUGUGGGAGAGACUCUGUUCUUGAACUUCUGAUCAAAUUUGUCACCAGGCAAGAUGGAAUAGAUUGGGGAAUAAAAUUUUUAGAAACAGAUGGCAUUACCAGGAUUCUAGAAGUUGCCGGCACCAUACCAGCUCUAAGCUACACCGUGAUGAAGAUUUCUGAGAAUACAAGGAUGAACUGCUCUGUGCUGCUGUCGAAGAUUUACGAUGAGUUUAUCAGCGACAAGAGAAGGGACCAGUACAGAGAACAAGUGUCACAGUAUUUCUGUGACCAGUUUGGAGACACCAGACACAUCGACUACCAAAUGGAGGCUAUAACUGCCAUAUCUGCCUUGCUCCAGGGUCCGUACGACAUCGGCAACACAAUCCUGGGGACGCAGGGAGUUCUGGAGAUUAUGUUGGCGCUGGCGAACUCUCCUGAUCCCCUUCAUCAGAAAAUUUCAGUGGAAGCUUUAGUCCAUGCUACAUCAAAGAAAGACAAAUGCAGUGGCAUUGUGAAGCAGGCAGUUCCCAUCUUAAAGAAACUUUACCAGUCUGAAAAUGAUAAUAUUAAAGUCAGAGCUCUAGUGGGUCUGUGCAAGCUGGGUUCAUUUGGAGGCACAGAUGCCAGUGCUAAGUCUCUAGCUGAGGGCUCCACCCAGGCACUGGCCAAGGCUUGCAGGAAGUUCCUGAACAACCCAAUGAAGGACGUAGACCUGAGAAAGUGGGCGUGUGAAGGUCUGGCCUUCCUCACACUGGAUGCAGAUGUCAAACAGGACCUGGUAGAGGACACGGCAGCUCUUCAGUCUCUCAUAGAUCUGGCCAAGGUCAGUGAUAAGUCAGUGUUGUAUCCUGCAGCCACAGUGUUUGUAAACCUGACCAAUAGCUAUGAGAAGAAAGAAAUCAUCCCAGAGCUACUGGAGCUGGCAAAGUACGCCAAACAUCACAUACCUGAGGAACAUGCCAAGGACAAACCAGAGUUUGUGAAGGAAAGAAUUGCCAAGCUGGUCAAGGCUGGGAUGGUGAAUGCCUUGGUGGCUUUCUCUAAGACAGACAGCCAUAGCAGUAGAGAGCUGCUCAGUAGAGUUUUCCUGGCUGUGGUUGAGGAGACAGAAUACAGAGGACUGGUUGUUCAGCAAGGAGGAGCUAAGUCACUUAUUCCUCUGGCCAAUGAGGGUACAGAUGUUGGGAAGACCUGCGCAGCCCAAGCACUGGCCAAGAUAGCCAUUGUGAUGAACCCAGAAGUUGCCUUCCCAGGACAGAGGUGUCUAGAGGUGGUACGCCCUAUACUACAGCUGGUCCACGUUGAGAAAACUGCUCUUCAGAACUUUGAGGCACUUUUAGCCCUCACAAACUUAGCGUCUCUUAACGACUCCGUCAGGAGAAGAAUCCUAAAAGAAGGUGGUUUUCCCUCCAUAGAGUUUUAUAUUUAUGAAGACCACGAGUUGUUACGCCGUGCCUCAGCGGAGUGUUUGUGUAACCUCGUAAUGAGUGAGGAGGUUGCCAAAAUGUACAUGGGAGAGAACGACAAGGUGAAGUUACUGGUGCUGUACUG